ACAGAUCGGGAGGUAAGAGAGGUGGAGGCAGUGGAGGACACGGAGGAAUGAGGAAUCUAAGGCCACACUCCACACCGGCGACACUGAUGUGGCUGGAGGAGAACUACGAGAUGGCUGAAGGCGUGUGCAUCCCCAGGAACACACUGUACCUUCACUAUGUGGACUUCUGCGACAAGAAAGCUCUUCAGCCGGUCAACGCCGCGAGCUUCGGAAAGAUCAUCAGGCAGCAGUUUCCCGGCCUCACCACACGGCGGCUGGGCACGCGAGGACAGAGUCGCUACCACUACUACGGCAUCGCGAUACGGGAGGGAUCCAUCUACUACGAGGUUCACUACAGCAAGAAGGGCAACACCAGCAAUGACAUCAAGAAGGAGGCGGAUAAGCAGGUGGCGCUGUUUCCAGGACGCGGGAAGCUGUCAACGGUGCUGCCCGAAUUCCCGUCGCUCAAGGAUGUCCUCUUGCCUCCACACGUUGCGCCAGACAAGGUGGCUACAUUCAUCAUGAUGUACAGAACACACUGCCAGCGGAUCCUCGAUACUGUCAUUCGUGCCAGCUUCGAUGAGAUCCAGAGCUUCCUUGUGCACUUCUGGCAAGGCAUGCCGCCCCACCUAGUCACCAUCCUCGGCACAAACGUCCUGGUUAACCUGGUGGGCGUGUGUGACUCUAUCCUGUACCGCGCUGUCUGCAGUGUUCUCAUGCCCUCCGUGCUGCAGGCUAUCCCGGACAGUCUCACCCAGGUCAUCCGGAAAUUCACUCAUGACCUUGACUCGUGGCUGCGGGUGGCCCUGGAUGACCUUCCCGACAACCUGCGGCAGGUCAAGAUAGACUUGGCCAGUCGGUUCUCGCGUAUGCUGCGCCGCCAGACCUCCCUCAACCACCUGUGCCAGGCGUCCCGCAUGGUGCUACAUUCGCCGGAGAUCACCCAACAGAUGCUGCAGGACUGGCGCCAGGUGGACCUCGAGGCAAUCUCCCACCAGACGCUCUACUCCAUGGACAAACACUCCACCAACGGCGUCACUGUGGAUCUCAUCAUGAGCCUAUACAACGAGUUCGAGCGGCUUCUAGAGGAGGGGGCGCCGCUAGAGGCCUACAGUGAGUGGCUGGAGGCGAUGGUGGAGCGGUGCGUGUUACUGGGAGCCCGCAAGAGCAAGGCUCCCGUGCACAAGGUGGCGCACACUUUCCUCCUCACCUGGUCCUGUUUUGGCACUCGGGUCAUCAGAGACAUGACGCUGCACUCCGCUCCAAGCUUCGGGUCUUUCCACCUGCUGCACCUCAUGUUUGAUGACUACGUGCUGUAUCUGGUGGAGUCCCUGCACGCUGAGGAGAAGGCCAGAGAGCUGCUCAACAACAUUUCCACCGAUUCCCCGCCAGACUGCUCCGACCCUGGCUUUGGCGAUCCUGACAGCGAGGACAGCGCGCAUGCCCUCUCCUUCCUCAUGGGCGGCGUGGGCGGCUCAGCAGGAGGAGGACUACCAGGCAUCACCUCGCCCAACACCCCUGGCGUGUCUCCGAACCCCCACCCGGCCCACGACCUCCACCUAUCGCCCACGCCCACCACUGUGAUAGGUCUGGAUGGCAGCUUGGUGGAGGAUGAUGGCAGCCUGGACUACAUGUCUGGCCUCUCCACCUCGUCCAGCGGAGGCCUCAACGCUCAAGGAGGGCCCGCCACGCCCGUCACCACCCCCCACGCUGGAUCCGCCUCCGCCUCCUCUCUUGCGAGCAGUGGCGGCGCAGGAGGCGGUGGUGGCGGCGGUGGAGGCGGCGGCAGUGGAGUGGCAAGCGAUUAUUACAGCUACGAUUACGACUCCCGGACCUACCGUCUGCCGUCCACUCUGGUUGGCAGGAACUACUUCUACCCGCCCACCUCUGUCCCGCUCAACCAGAGUUAG